CGUAGUGUUAUUGGUUGGCGCCUUGGCGGUUUCUUCUCCCCAAACUCUCUCUCUCUCUCUCUCUCGCUCCACUUCCUAGAAAACAUCUUAUUCGAUUUCAGAUCUGUUCGUCUGAAACCUAGACACAGAGAGAGAAAGAGAGAAGUCAAUCCGAUGGCGGUUGUGUCUCCUCUCGCGAAAUACAAGCUGGUGUUCCUCGGCGAUCAAUCCGUAGGCAAGACCAGCAUCAUUACUCGCUUCAUGUACGACAAAUUUGACACCACCUAUCAGGCUACCAUUGGCAUUGAUUUUUUAUCUAAAACAAUGUAUCUUGAAGAUCGAACAGUUCGCUUGCAGCUUUGGGACACUGCCGGGCAAGAGAGAUUUAGGAGUCUUAUUCCAAGUUACAUUAGAGAUUCUUCCGUUGCAGUGAUCGUCUUUGAUGUUGCUAAUCGGCAAUCUUUUCUUAACACUUCCAAGUGGAUUGAGGAAGUACGUACAGAACGAGGCAGUGAUGUUAUUAUUGUUCUUGUUGGGAAUAAAACUGAUCUUGUUGAUAAAAGGCAAGUGUCAAUUGAAGAAGGAGAUGCCAAGGCUCGCGAAUUUGGAGUCAUGUUCAUAGAAACCAGUGCGAAAGCCGGAUUCAAUAUCAAGCCUCUGUUCCGAAAGAUUGCUGCUGCUUUGCCAGGGAUGGAGACCCUUUCCUCCACAAAACAGGAGGACAUGGUUGACGUGAAUUUGAAACCUACUGUGAAUACGUCCAGCACAGAGCAGCAAGGGGGAGGUUGUGCAUGCUAAAGAAUGUAAAUAGGGAGGGGAGAGAGAAAGAGAAUGAAGCAUCAGUUCGAAUAGCCUAAUACCAAAAAGGAAACAGCAAAUAUGAUUUUGAAAUUCUAAACUAAUACGAGAUUGGAGCAACUUUGAUGCUUUCUCUUCAAUAUAAAAGCAAUUGUUUCAAGUCUUGGGAAAGAGGAAGCUGCAGUGGUCUGCUCUUAAGGUACUAGAAGUUGAUAGUUAUUCCUAGAUUUGUUUUGUUAUUGAGAUUACUAUUACUAUUUUUCUUGUUUUUUUUAAUUCAAAAAUUUUCUCUUUAGUGAAACCAUAUGUUUGUAUUUGAUUUUGAAUCUGUAUCCGCGAAUUCAUUUUCAGUAGACAUUUACUUUUAGGAUCAUUGCAUUUUGAAAUACCUAAAAUCAUUCACAGCUAGAUUUUCUUACGAGUUC